UGUUAGCCAUGCCUAGCCUGCUGGUUCUAGCAGGGAUCAUGGAGAAAAAUGGGGGCUAUGCCGGGGAUCUGGCUGGCUCCGGCUUCGGAGGCGAAGGUCUCCUGGUGCCGCCCGACGAGGAGGAAGACGACUCCCGUGCCCUCAGGGUCGCGCUGGGCCAGUUGUCUCUGCUGGGGCUCGGGGAAGGCGAGGACGGCAGCGGAGCCCCAACAACAGGAGUACAGGACCGGAGUAACAAUAACAACAACCACCACAACCACACCAACAACGUCGGAGGUGGCGGGGACACGGCGAUCCUGCAAGGGAAGAGCAAGUUGUGCGCCCUGUACGAGAGCUCCUCAAGUGAGACGAAAGGACGAGGCUGCAACAUAACAGAAUGCGUCCCAGUGCCCAGCUCUGAACAUGUGGCCGAAAUAGUGGGGAGACAAGGUUGCAAGAUCAAAGCCCUGCGGGCCAAGACCAACACCUACAUCAAAACCCCCGUUAGAGGAGAGGAGCCGGUGUUCUUAAUCACUGGCCGGAAGGAGGAUGUUGCCCUGGCCCGCCGUGAAAUCAUCUCUGCUGCAGAGCACUUCUCCAUGCUCCGGGCUUCCCGCAACAAGCUUGGAGUGUCCUUUAGCGGCUCCCCGCCCACACCUUUGCCAGGUCAGACCACCAUUCAGGUGAGAGUGCCAUACCGCGUCGUGGGGCUGGUAGUGGGGCCUAAAGGCUCCACCAUCAAGCGCAUCCAGCAGCAAACCUGCACUUACAUCGUCACUCCCAGUCGGGACCGCGACCCUGUCUUUGAAAUCACAGGGUCGCCAAGCAACGCCGAGCGGGCCCGCGAGGAGAUUGAAGCACACAUUGCCUUCCGAACAGGAGGCCUGCAUGACCACAAUAAUGAGAAUGACUGUCUGGGGCCGAAUGGUGGGAGCAGCCCGUCAGGCAGCAGCAGCGGUCUGGAGAGCCGGCUACAGCAGGUGUGGGGGCUGCAGGGGGGCCAGCGCAAGCCUCUCGCCAGCAGCUACCGCCAGAACUUCUCGGAGGCCAUGGUUGGAGGGGUAGGAGGAGGAGGUGACGGAGUGGGAAUCUACAAUAAGAGCAACUUCUCCAGCUCCGGAGAAAAGCCCUGCUCUUAUUUUGGUUCAGAGAGUACCCAGAGCUGGGGCGACCCUGACUACCCCAAACAGGUGGCCUUCUACGCCCAGCAGCGCUCCAAGAGCUUCGGAGGCCUCCCGCUCCCCCUGACCAGACUCUCCCCUGGCUUAUCCGAGUCUUGCGGAGGUGGAAACAACAACAACUCAGUCACCAGCAUUGUGCCCGUGUCCGGCUCACCUCAUGCCCAGGCCCGCCGGGCCCACAGUGAGCCCACCUCAGCUGGCGAGGGUUUCCCAGGCCGUCUGCCAGUGCCGGACUCGCCACCGGCCAUUGUGCGGGACUGCAUGACCUGCUUUGAAAGCAAAGUGACGGCUGCCUUGGUGCCCUGUGGCCAUAACCUCUUCUGCAUGGAGUGUGCCAUCCGAAUCUGUGAGCUCAACCACCCGGAGUGCCCAGUGUGCCACACCCAGGUCACACAGGCCAUCCGAAUAUUCUCUUAAGGAACCACAUCAGUUUUUAUCAUUGGUUUUGUCAGUGUUUGUUCAAUAAUUAUUUACUGUUAUUAUGAUUAUUAUUAUGAUACACAUUUUUGUUUUUCAGAAAAUUUACAAACAAUCAAGCAGAUAUUUUAGAAGGCACUGCUUGCUUUACUAAAAAGUAUAAGAAAUAUUUUUAAGUUUUUCUUUUAUAUAUAUAUAUGCAUAUAUAUUUUAUAAAAGUUUUGUUUAUAAGAGAAGUAUAGUACCUUGCAUUUUCAGUUUUUUGACUGCUGCUGUUUUUCAUUCAUGAAUCUCAGUGUAGGCAGAGGUAGACAGUAAUGUGAACAUUUUAUUAUUCAAAUUUUUUAUUUUACCAUGAAGUGGGUUUAUAUGGAAGGAAGAAGAUGAUUGUUGAGGUACCCAAUCUGCACCUGACUGACCCAGAAAGUCAAUGUUGUUAUUAGAAGGAGAAAAAAACUGAAUUUUCAUUGCACCUUACAAUCAUCUUGGUCUAAAAUAGGAUUUCAAUCAUACCUUGAAAUUCCAGGAGCUGAUGUGAAGGUAGAUUCAGCCUUUUACUUUUUACUGUGAUUGUGGUUUGAUAUAAUUGGUCCAAAAUGAUAUUAAUUUAACAAAAUGAAAACGUUAAUAGAUUGGUCCAAGUCAAAGCCAUGUAAUCUCUACAAGAAAACAAAAGACGGCCCUCUUAUUUCAUACUUGUACCUUAAAGUCUUAGAAACCAGAUUGAUGUGAAAUGGACAUAGGACAUUACGUCAUUUAUUUAUGGUAAUAAGCAACAUUUUACUAGCACCAUCAUUCACAGAGAUAGAUGAAAGUUGUAUGAAGUAUCAGCAACAUUUUCUUUUCAGUAGCCAUUGAUUACACUUUGGUCACUGCAGGUUGUUGUAAAGAUUCAGUAAUGCUUGCUCCUCGUGGCACUUGAAAAGCAUGUGGUUCCUCAGUUGGCUUUAAGCACUGAUUUAAUUUGUGAGGCCGAAAGCCUUGGAAUUUAUCCAGUUGGCUAGUACUCCAUAUCUAUCUCCCCAAUGGACGUGUUUCAAAGCCACCUUAACCGCGCUUUAUUGUCUCGUGUGGUCAUUUGGCCACAGUCGCUGAGCAAUAUAGGACACAGCAAGAGCCCCAGUCAACAAGCAUUUCUCUGAGGUGUGCACCGUAAAUAAAGAGGAAAAUUAGUGUGUGGACAGAAGCCGAGUCGAACUGCAAAACGCUUCCUAAAUCAGCAGCAGAUUAAAAUAGUUGACACUGUAAAAUACAGAGUCCCAAAUCAGUAAUCCUCACUCCACGUCCGCAAUAAUAACAGCAUUGUGUGCGAGCUCUGAGGGUCCAGCUGUCUCCCCCCCCUGUAAUUAGCAAAGCUGUACAGGAGCAGGUGUUUCACGGCACACUGUAGCUGUGACCCCGAGUUGGAGGUCUCGCCUAGCCCCCUUUCUUUCUCUCCUUUCUUUGGGAGUGGCUUUUAUGUCUCCCCGUGCUUACAGUUUGAUCGUUUGCUUUCGAAGGCCUUUCUGAGCGGGGCGUAUUGUCUGCGUUCGGUAGCAGCGUGGGCUGCAGAGUGCUCGGACACGGCCUGGAUCUACUCAUUCAUAAUUAGGCAAAUGGAUUGGUCCAGGUGCGGACCGUGUGGGGACUCUGGAGCUGUAUGAGUGGUAAGACAGGGUCCCGCAGUGAGCCCUUUACCGCCCCGCCCCACUGUUACAAGCACAGAGGGGGCAGGAUGGUCUGGAUGCAGCUGGGCGAUUGGGACCCCCUCCUUCCACUCCCUCUUGCCCCUUCCUCCCCUCUUUCCUCUCCUUUUCUGCUGCUCUGAGCUAUCCCUACUGGGGAGUAGGGGGCCUCUUUUGUCCCUAAACACACACACACAAAAUUUGAAAGACACUAGCUGAAUUUGGCAGCGCCUGUGAAAUGAAUGGAGGCUUAGGGUAGAAAUAAAUUAUCUACAAUUAUCAGGGGAUACCCCAGUUACCUGUUUUCAGUGUUAGUUUACUCUUUCCAAAUUAUGAAAAUGAACAUAUAUAAUGAUUUCCCCAAUGGGUGCAGCAUUAACGCCCCCUUCACUCUUUAAAAGCACCGCCCUGAAAUUUGGAUUGGGACCUGUUGUGUGACAGCGCAGUGCAGAUCGUGUCAGCGUGCUACUGUAUGGGACAUCCUGCAGCUGCUCCUUCACUUUGGACACCCGGGCUUCAGCCUAUGGCAGCACCCCCCUUCGCUCUGAGCUUUCGAGAAUAAAAUCAGACAAUUGUAAUUGACAGGAAAGCAGAGGAAACGCCCCAUUUAACCAGCACUCAUGCUGAAUCAAAUUACACACCCUCUGCGUCUGCCUUAGCCCCAGCCUGGGGAUUUCAGAGGGCUAGAGAAGAGCAGAGGGGGGGUAGGGAUUAAAGCUGUUGAAUGAUAGGGGGGGAUUCAUUUUGGCUGAGGAAAGAGAGAAGUAUGCUCUUAAAAAAUGUUAACUGUGCAGAUCUUCCAAUUUUAUUGACCAUUGAAGUCCUGCUGCGAGUUUUCAGUGUUUGUCCCUCGUGGUGAUUCCAGGGAGCAUCUCUUGCGUUGUACAGGAGAACAAUUCAACUCGGCUUCUGUCUCAAAAUUAUUGACAAUUACAGAUUGUGUCUUCCACACAAAGGCCUCUCCUUUUUUGGGGAAAAACAAACAUAUAAAGCAGACCCCUCGCAUUACGUGUGGCCUGCAGGGAAAGCACCGUACUUGCUGAAAGUACUCUGAAAUCUAUCAGAUGUAGAAAUAAUAGUUAUGAUUUUUAUGGAUGGAGAAAUUGCACAGUGGUUUGGCCUAAGCUUUCAUCGUGAAAUUCAAGGCAGUAUGACACUGUUCUUUGAACUUUUGUAUUUUUGUUAUUUUGAUUUCUGCCUUAAUAUUUUUUAUUAAAAGAUUGCCAUUGCUUUGGCAUACAAGGUAGCAACUUUGGACUUUGAUAGUAUCUUCCCCUAAAACAACUUUUAAAGUACUUAUUUUUAGAGAAAAGAAUGUGAAUCAAACUGCUUGGGUGGGGAUUAGAAGGAUUCAGGAAAUUAGGCUCUUUAACACUUUACUUAAAAUAUAGAGUAAAGCACCUUAUCACAAAAACAUUGAAUAAUACCAAACCGACCACUGAUGGUGAAAUACAUUUCAUAGGAUUUGAAAGACAUGCACAUAAGGAUUCCCUAUCAUUUUUUGUAUUAUGGUGGUUCUUGUUAUUCUUAAUACUACAGUAGUAAUAGUGGUUAUUUGGGAGACCUCUCAUCCAUUUAGUCAAUGCUGAUGACUUGGUUGAGUUUUGCACUGGUUUAGUGAAGAGAGGGCUUAUUGGAGAUUCUCCCUGUUUAGACGCUGUAUAAGUUAAUAAGUAUUGUAUUUUAUGGGAAAGCACUCUGAGCAUCUAUGUAAAUACAUUGUGUGUACCAGUUAUGAACAUCCAGACAAAGGCCUGCUAAAAGUGAGGUUUGGAUUAUUUUUUCAAGCUGAGGGUGUCAUUGUCAUUGUUUCAGCAUAAAGAAUUUCAAAAUGUCUCUGAUUUUAGGGAGAGUAAAUCUUUUAUAUAUGCGUCCCAUCAUCCUUUUUGACUAUAAUAGUAUAUUAGAUAGAUCCAUACAUUUAAGAAAUAUUAUUUAAACUGAUCAACUUAGUAUUUCAUCCAAAUAUAUAGAUGGAAAUUAACCAGACACUCCUAUAAACUGUAAUAAUGAAUAUCCUUUAUAAAGCCGCUGAUGUAUAAAUCAAAUCUCAAAUAAAAACUGGAAUAAAAAGUAUGUGUAAUAACCCCUGAUGAAUAAAUCCGCUUCUAUGUAUAUUAGGAUGAAAGCAAUAAUAGGACUAUAAAGUGGAGGAGUCUGCUUACUCAGUCCUUUAAAUAAUAUUCUAUCCAGAAAUUGACCUUGAUUAUUAGGGAAAUAACGUUUCUGUAUAAUAUCUGCUUACAAUUCGUUAUGGAUAAAUGCCAGUGUAGAAACAGAGAUCUAAUUAAUUACUAAAAGUUUCAGUAAAAGUAAUCUUUUUUUUGUGUUUAUCAGGGUCUUAAGUCUUUUUCAAAUCAAUUAAAACAAAGGGCAGGCGAGACAAACUUAAGGAUUGCUCCUUCUGAGACGAUGAAACUGAAAUUUGCUGUGACUUAGAGGAAAUCUCACUGUGCUGUAAAAGUGAUCUUUGAAGUGUAAACAAACAACAAGACCAGAGCAUAAGCACCAAGGUCUGUCCUGUUUGUUAAAAAGCAGGAGCUGGUGACUUUGCGUAUGACAGACUGGUGUCUUGAAGGUUUUGGUCAAAUAAUGCAGCCGUGAGGAGAGGGUAAGACAACAUGAUAUCAUGAUGUCCAUGUGAAGAGCUUUUAUUUUUUACCCUCAUUAUCUAAUGUCACAUACAGGGGCAGACGUGUUACUUAUAGCAAUCUUACAAUUAUUUCUGUUUACAUAGGAGUUUCUUUUUUAUGGCUCUAUUUUAUACUAGUUUUGCACCUUUCAUUUGUAUUUUCUUUUUUUUUAUAAAAAGGUCAGACAUAGCCAAAGAACAAAACACAAGGAGAGGACAAGUUAUUAGUUGAGUUAACUUAUUUUAGCUUCAAAAACUUUAUCAAAUCAGGGUUAUUAAGAAAUAAUCUCAUAGCUAGAACAACUCUGUUUACCCACAAGUCUUAGAGGCCAACUAAAUCGAUAUCAGUGAAAUGAAGGCAUAUCAUGUUUCAGUGCUGUAAGAUUAGUUUAAUACUACAGAGGCGCCCGUAACAGACUUACUUCUCCCCAAAGAUAUCAGCUUAAAGCACAUCCUGGCUCUUAAAGUCCAGUGAGUAGUUUUCUAUUGUCAUGGUUAGGUUAGUGGGAGAAUAACAGUCAUGGGAAUGUCUUAAUCUUUCUGAAAAACUUGCCUGAUCUGAUGAAUUUCAGAUAAAAAGGGACAUUUAAUAUUUUAAAAAAGUAAACUAAAAAGGAUUUGUUUUGACAAUUACAAGCCAUUGAAAAUUCAGGCUGGAUUCCUCAUUUUUAAGACCCUUAGAGUAAACCGUAAGGCGACAGUGAGAUCAAAACAACACCGCAGGUUUAUUUAAUAUUGUUUGAGAGCCGUUUAACUGUAUCCUUGAGUUUAACUGCAUGUUAGCAAAAUAUAGCAAAAUAGGUAAGAUUUAGCAGAAAAAAGUUAAGAUCACAUAAAUAAUUCAUCAGCCUGAUACCUGAAGUGUAUAAACAGCUUUAAGACCUUAAAGUAAACAUCGGUUUAAAAUCAUAUAUUUACCAUGUAGUUUAACUAAUUGAUACAUAAAGUUUAAGUAUGAUUCUUAAGAAUAUGGUGUAAGUUUCAUUUGUCUAACUCACCCAGUAUGAAAUACUUUUUUAAUUCAGUCGAGCAACAAAGGGGUGGGUGACUCAGUGACAUUUGAUUUGUUAAGUUCUUGUUAGUAUUAUUUACGAUAUUGUAUUAAGCUUACUAUUAUAGUAAUGGUAGAAAAUGUUGAUGUUUUUCUUCUCUUGAUAUGAAAAGGUCUUUAUGCAUUUAUGUAGAAUCCCUUUUAAGGAGUGAUAGGAAAUCCUUAUUUUCAAUGGAUGCACUUAAGCAAUUGUACCAACCUGUCAAAAUCACACAUUGAGCAAGUAAUGCAUUUGAAUGUAACAAAAAAAAAAAAAAAGACCACUCAACUCAAUGCACUCCUUAUGCUUAUCGUUUUAUAAAUUUCCUAGUGAGCUUUAAGUUUUUGUUUGUUUUUUGGAAAGAAUUUGCGACAACGUAGACUAUAUUUGAGUUCUUCCACAUACAUUUAUAGAAAGUAACUCAAAAUGAAUAAAAAAAAAACAUAUUACAGUUUCUCAAAUCUAUUUUGCUAACAUGGGUUAUUAUUUCGUAGAAAGCAGAGGAAAAGAAGUCAGUAUCUGGAUGUUAUUUAUGAAAAGUAAAAAAAAUGAGAAACAUAUUUAUGAGUAACCUCAAGACAUUUUGUUUUUUAAUUAAGAAUGACGAGAAGUUAAUAUAUUUCUAAACACAGGGAGGUCAGUUUCUAAUAACGAGUAAAAUGAGAAAAGAAGUUUAGAAGUUUUAUUUAUGAAAGUUAUGGAGGCUCGCCUUUUCCACAUACUUCCUGCUAAAUGAAGUGACUGGAACGAGAGUUUCCCAUGGCUGAAAUUUUAACUUCAGACGUGCACUACUCUUAACAUCAGUGCAUUAACAAUGGAAUAAUUACAGAAAAUAAUAUAAUAUUUUUUAGAAUUUGGAGAUAUUUUAGUCACAGAGCAUCAAUUUUGUGCCUCAAUUAUAUAUUUUUCCUGCAUCAGCAUUCUUUGUGCAGUGCUGCUUGCUGUUACCCCUUUUCCCCUUCGACUAACCCCAUGUUACUGACUGAAACGCAUAACUCAUUUCCUCUGUAAUCUAACCUCGCUUUUACUUAUCAAAUGUUUGAAACAUGUUACGACUGCAAUGCUUGGAAUGAAUGAGGCAGAUGUGACCCUCUGCCAACGGGCGACACAAUUUGUACACAUUUUCAUUCAUACAUUUUCUACAUCUACUACUCAGUUCUGUGAUCGAUGGGGACAGAGCCUUUAUGAGAGACUUUCCCUAAUGUGUUAAUUAGGUGAAAUGUGACAAAGACAUCCAUGAGAGAACAACAGCGCACUGUGUAGUAGAUCUACAUAUCUAGAUGCACACAAACACACAGAUAACAUGUUCAUUACCGUACUAGCUUGCAUGUAUGUUGUAUGGUCACUUAGAAAGGAGAAAUGGUGCAAGUCCUGGGUUAUCUCUUAACAUCAGUGCACUUGGGCUGUUUCUCCUCUGUAGAUUUUCAUAGUUGGAGUCUCUUUGGAAACUGGAAAGUUGACAUGAGUUUGAAACCAGGCAAAGAAACUAUUUCAGUCCCCACAUCGAAGUUGGAUUUUGUACUCUCAGUUACCUGUGAGUGAUGAAAGAAUGUCCGCACCUCAUCUGAAUUAACUUGAAGUUCCCAGUUUGUGUAGAUACACCUAAAAAGACUUGACAAAAACACUACAAUGGCACAUUUUCUGCUGCAUGUAAAGGAUGGGGACUGAAGUGGCACUUGCUGGUGAAACUUGCAACUUUUUCCAAAGAGGCCGAUACAGUCUGACAGUUUGUCUUUGGUAGCGUUUCCAAAUUUUCCAGCACAGUAGAGGUGUUUCAUACCGGUCUAAUAGUGGUCGUAGUGCAUUAGUUUUUGGGCCAGCAUCAGCUGGCGUUAGUUUCUGGUUUCUCUGUGAACAGUGAAAGAGGGUUUGAUAAUGUGGCCCUCAGUGGCCGUCAACUUUGAUGGGUGGAAAAAAAAAAGAAGUCUUUGAACUCUGUUACAGUAUGCCAUGCCUUUACACGGCAUGUGAUAUUGCAGGUUUAUUUGUUAUAGCACAUGUUUUUUUGUGAAUUACAUUUUUUGGAAACAUUUUUAUUAUUAUUAUUGUAUCUGCGCCAUGUUAGUUCUGGUUCUUUGUUAUUUUUCCAAGAUUCAAGAUGUAUUGUAAAUGUUUCUAAUAAAACAAAAAUGAAAUGAUCUCCAAUGAA